UAUUCAUGUUUCUAUAGAAUGAGUUGCUAGAAAGAAAAGAGAGACGUUGCAACUGAAAUAUCAGAGAGUUGCAUUUAUCUUACACAAGUAUAUAUUAAGAUUCCCAUUUAUUUUAAGAAAUAUAAUAUUAUUGUUAGCAACAAAUAAUCAGUGUAUGAUGACUUUGAUACAAGGUUAAGGGAAAGAAAGAAAUCUGUUAAAUUGGUAUAAAUAUUUACAAUGGUGUCAGCGUGGGAAGACUUUUAUGCGAAGCAUCCACCUCCUCAAGAUUUGGAGCAGAAUGAAACUGCUCUGAAGGAAUUUACAAAAAAGCAUUUAGAUGAGGGCAAUAAAGUAGUACUAAUAACGAGCGGAGGUACAACUGUACCCUUAGAACAUAACACUGUAAGAUUUGUGGACAAUUUUAGUGCAGGCACAAGAGGCUCUGUUUCGGCAGAAUAUUUCUUAGAGCAUGGAUAUGCAGUUAUCUUUAUGUAUAGAGUCAAAUCCUUGGAACCAUUUUCAAGACAUUUCAUUGGACAAAAGUUUUUAGAUUUGCUUCAAAUAUCGGAUAAUAAUAAUGAGACUCCUGUUAUCACAGUUUCACCUGAAUAUACCCAGAAGGUGGCAAUAGUACUGCGAAAAUAUAGAGAAGCGUUUGAUCAAAAGAAACUGCUACAACUCACUUUCACAACUCUUCCUGAAUAUUUCUGGCUGCUCCGAUCUGCUUGUCAAGCAUUAGCACCUUUAGAAAACAAAGCUAUUCUAUAUUUAGCAGCAGCAGUCUCAGAUUUUUACAUUCCUUCUAAUGAAAUGUCAGUCCAUAAAAUUCACUCAACUGGACCGCCAACUAUAUCUCUUCAAUUAGUACCAAAGAUAUUAGCCCCAUUAGUUAGUUUAUGGGUACCAAAAGCAUUUGUAGUCUCCUUUAAAUUGGAAACUGAUGAAAGCUUGCUAAUUUCCAAAGCAAGAGCUGCUCUCAAUAAAUAUCAUCACAAUCUUGUAAUAGCAAACAUGUUGCAAACUAGAAAGCAACAAGUGGUAAUUGUAAGCAAAGAAACUGAUUAUAGCCUGUCUCUUACAAAUGAGCAAUUAAAUGAUGGUGAUGAGAUUGAACAAUUAAUUGUAAAUGAUAUUAGUGAAAAACAUACAAAGUUCAUACGGUCUGGAGAAAUUAAUUGAUGAAUAGUUUUAGAUUAAAAAAUAUUUAGAUUUUAAAUAGUGAUGUAAUAUU